CAAAGCUCCAGAGCACUGCAGAGCACCAUGAGUCUUGAUGCGCCAUGGCGACCUGCCUUGGCGUCAGCGCGGCUGACGAGGCCCGCAUCGACACUACUGAAGCCAAGAAGUGCUUGUGAUCCAUCAGACCGAAGGAUUGGACGUUCGAACUUCCUGCAACUACUUGGGGCUACCGGUGCUGCCUUAUUUGCCGGGAGUCGACGCUGCCGAGCUGAAGAUGAUCUGAAGAUGCAGCUGAAUAAAGACUUCUCGUGUGGUGGUCUGGAUCUCGAGAAUCCUCGAUUCUUGGGCGGAGGAGUUCAGGGCGAAGUCUACCAAGCAGAUCUGCCGGGCAAGGGUUUGGUCGCUGUGAAGAUCAGCCGGCGCAACGAUGACUACGCCAAGGGAACAUUUGCUCGAGAGCAGCAGGUGGUGAAGCUGUUGAGCGACGCACAGGUGCCCGGUGUUGAGAGAUGCAUCGCCGCGGGCCCGGUGGUCACACCAGUGGGUCAGCGACAAGGCUUGGUGAUGCAGCCUUGCUUGCCCGCGGGCAAAGUCAUUUCGGUGAAGUCGGGCCGUGGAACACCGCUCUUUUUGGAAGAGGCAGAAGGGGGCAGAUGGAAAGGUUGA